AUGGCACUGCCAUGGCAAAACGACGCCACGCCGUGGCUUCGACUGGAGUGUGUUGCCAACUCGAGUUCGUCAGUUUCCAGACAUGGUAAUAUUCCGGCACGCGACGACCUCGCCGCCGCCGAGGAGGGCAAGGAACACCUCAGGAGAACACCGAGGGCGAGCCCGCCUAGAAACCGCGGCCGAGACGCAAAUCGCACACGCGGACGAGAAAGAACCUCCGCGCGACCGAGGAAGGAGAACGACCUAGCGAGCCGCAGGGCAGCGCACGCCCCUCGCGCCCAAGAGGGACGAGCACAGCCCCCUCGCACCCGAGGCAGCGAACGCCCUAGACAUAAGAAGGACGAGCACGCCCAUCCGCGACCGCCGGCCGUGCGCGCCGACCCUCGCGACCCUUGCCCCGCACCCAUCGCACCCCGCGGCCGCUCCGACCCUCGCGACGCACGCGGGCGAGACCGCCCUCGACGCCCCGAAGGGCGGAGCAAGAACUCGCCAACAGCGGAAGAGCACGCCCAUCGAACCGCGUCCGAGCACAGCCCUCGCGGCCCCCGCGGGCGACGCCCGACACUGCGCCCCCGCUUGGCGCGAAAGCCCUUACCCCUGCUGCCGCGCACCGCCCUAGCGCGCCGCGGGAGCAGCCAAAGACCUAGCGCCCCCGCGGGGCAGGCGCCCGCCCUACGAGAACCCGGCGGGCAGCGCAAGCACUACGCUUCACUGACCGGCUGGCGAGCCGCACAAUCGACCAAAGCGGGAGAGAACAGAACUCGCGCCACCCGAGGGACGCGAACGGACCAUCGCCCCAGUGAGGCCGAGCCUAAGAACUCGCGCCGCCGGGGCGCACGCAAAGCACUAGCGACCCAAGAGGGAGACGACGACCUAGCCACAGCGGGCGCCGCACGACCAUCGAAGACCCGAGGGCGCGCAACCGAACUAGACACAGAGGGCGCGACCGCCUCUCGCGCACCGCUGGGCGAGACAGCCAACGCUACCCGCGGCCGCGCCCGCCAUAGCCCACGGGGCAGCGCACGCAAUGACGCCGCCGCGGAAGCGCCAGACCUGCGAUACCGCGGGCGCGCCAGCCACAUAGGCCACCGCGGGCGCGCCCGACCUCGCCCCGCGGCAGCGCCUCCGCCAUUAUCGACCCAACGCGGCCGCGCAAGAAAUCGCGCCGCACGAGGGAGCGACCGCACUCGCGAACCCGACGGGCGACGUCCCGCCCUCGAGACCCAGGGGGACACGAGCCAUGACCUGAUCAGCGCCCCCGGAGGAAGAGCCAAGUACACUCAGCGCAAACAAGAGGGUCGAGACAGACUACGCGACACAGCGGAAGCAGACCGACACUCUAAACAGCAACCGGCAGCGUCUCCGCACUCCGAGCCGCGGCUGGCGCGCACGCACCUCAGACGUCACACAGAGGACUCGCCAGCACCUAGAGCCCCCGCUGGCGAGCCCGACCUCGAGCCGCCGCGGCGCGCACCAGCUCCCUCGCGCCCCCGGGCAGCGAACGCCAUCGCGACCCGGCCGGACGCAGCCCGCACACGGACACCGCGGAAGCGCACCGGACCUAGUGCACAAAAGAGGGAGAGCCGAAUAGCUCAACGCGGACGAGAACGAACCUCGCGAACCCGAGCCCGCGACCGCCCUAGCGCCACCGCUUGGGAGCGCAGGCAAUACGAGACACCGCGGGCGCUCACGGAAUCUCGCGCCAACGUGGAACGCGCCGCACUCGACACCCGCGGAACGAGCCCGCACUCGCGCAAACGACGGGCGAGCCACGCAACUCGGCCCCAGCGGGCGCCGACCUGCCUCGCGCCCAAGAGGCACGCGCCGCAACUCGCAAAAAGGCGAAGGCCGCGCCGCCCUCGAGACAAGAGGGCGCGCCAGCACCUCGCGCCCCCGCGGAGCGCCUGCCCAAGCCCACAAGCUGAGCGAAAGCCACUCGAGCCAAGCGGGCGCGACCGACCACUCGCGACCCAUGACGGUAGAGCCAGCCUCGCCAAAGCGGCCAGCGCCAGACCACUCUACCCGCUGCGACGUUGCGUGAUAGAGGUUGGUGUUCCUGACCACGUGGUUCCAAAGGCGCCCAUAUCUUGCGAAGGCGAGGGACACACGCACUUGGCUGGAGUCGUGUGGAAGUAUUGCUACACCAGGCCCAUCCAGGAGAUGGCUGAUGGGACAGAUGCAUGCAAGCUUACUGCCAUUCUCUAG